UUUGAAAAAAAAUUAGUUUGAUAGGACAUAAAGUAGUAUAGAUUAGUAUAAAGGGACAUAGUUACCAUUUUUUUGCUCUAAAAAAACAAUUUUCCCUAAAUAGAAAUAGUUUUGUAAAACAGUUGAAUAGCAAAAUCGUUGAUUUCUUUUCAUAAAAUCGCUAUUAGCAUUAUCAUAUAUUGGAUUCUAAUACUUACAAAUAAAUAUAAGUAACAAAAUCAAAUUCGAAUAAUAUCAGUUUUCUUGGAAUAAACUGAUUCUCAUAUCUUCCUCCCGAGUAAUUAAUUAAUUUGAAUGGAAUCAUUGAAUUAGCCUUUAUGACGCAUGUUAAAUUACUAAACCACUCCACAACCUACCCAAGUUCAUGCUUGCGGGAUAUUUUUCUUGUGAUAGAUCUUGGCAUCAAGACUCACUUAAAAGUGGAUACGGUUGGGUAUGGAUAGAGUCAAAUGGGUCAUCCUUUUAGGUGCUCGUAAUCAAUGUUGUUUUCUAUCGUCUUUACAUUUUGAACUUGAAGCGCUGAUAUAGACAAUGCAUUGUAUGCUUGAACAAUCAACAGUUCAACCAUUCAAGACUUUGGAUCAGACUGUCAAGAGGUGAUCACAAUGAUUAAAAAUUUAGGUAGAUGACAUAAUUUUUCCACUGAGCUUAAGGAAUUUUCUCUCCAAAGAGAACGCUUCCACUUAUAUACUAUUUCUUAUGUAACUCGGGCUGAAAACUCCACUAUUGACAUUUUAGCUAAGAGUACUAGAUAUUUUUAUAUGAAUUUUUAUUAGUUGUUUUAUUCCGAUUUAGUUUUCUGAGCUACCUAAAACUUCAAUAGUAGAAUAACAAUUUGAUGUAAAAAAAAACUAGUUUUUCAUAUGCUCACAUGUUUAAUUACUAAAUUGUUUAACAAUAUUAGGGUCCAGAAAAUUAUGCCUAGUAAAAAAAAUUGGAAGCCCAAAAACAAAAAGAUAAUAGUGAAUUAAGACACACACGGAGUGAACAAGGCGGUUAAGCAUAUAUAGUCAAACUAGCUGAUAAACCCAAAGUAACUAGGGUCCGAAUGUUACAAACCGCAUCGCAAUUAAUAAUAACAAAAAUCUCUAUAUAUACCUAUUUAUCUAUAUGUAUUUGUUACUAUUAUGACUGCACCGUAGUUAUUCAAAAUAGUAGUAAAGUGUUUUGAUUUGUAAUGGAAAAAUCCAUCGAAACAAAUGUCAAGUUAAGUAAAGUAACCGGAGGCGUUAAAUAUGAUUUCAAGCUAAAAGCACGAUGAAUGAUAAAAGAUAAGGACAAUUAUGGACACUAUAUUAUGGUCUUUACUUAAUAAUUGUUUACUCACACGAUAUCACAAAUCACUUCCUAAUUGGUCACCCAUCUUUUGACUACUCCAGCUCAAGCACGCUUAACUCUGGAGUUUUCUCUAGAUGUGUGCCCUAAAAGAAAAUUGCACUUGAUCUCGGAUAACUUUGGAUGCUAAUUCAGAUUUGAGAUCAGAUCGGAUAAUUGGUUAAUAACCCAAAAAACUUGAUCUGAUAUCUUAAUUCCAAUUCAUGUAUUUCUAGAUAUCACAUCAUGAGUAAAUUAAUAUCCCAAAAAACUUGAGAUUUUAAAUUAGGUUUUAAAUAGUUAUUUUGGAUGCUAAUUCAGAUUUGAGAUCAAGUUUUUUGGGUUAUUAAUUUUUUUUGGUUACCCAUUUGAGCUCAGUUAAUAACAUUUUGGAUUCAAAUAUGUUUUAUACAAUCCUAAAGUAUCCAUUCAGGUAUCACUCGGAUCGGGAUUCAGGUAUUUUUGGAUAAUUUCUAAAUUUUAAGUAGUUGACUUUGGCUGAUCUAGUUUGUUUGCUUAUGGUCAUGAUUUCAUGCUCAUUUUUACCUAUGGUGAGCACGGAUCGAAUAUCCAGAUUUUUGAAGGUAUUUGUUAUCCAAUCCGUUCCGCUCGAAUAACCAAUUAUCCGGUCUGAUUUGAAAUGUAGCUAUCGGGAUAUUCCCGUGGCCCGGAUAUCCAAAAAAAAUUAGAUUUUUAUCGUAUAUCCGAUUCGAUCCGUCCAAAUAAAAUAAAAAAUAGAUAAAUAAACCAAAAUAAUAUUUACUUUUAAAAUUCUAAUAAAUAAUAUAAUCAAUUUAAUAAAUAAAAUGUUGCAUAAUUUAUAUAAAGUGUAAUAUUUAUAUAAGAUACAUAAAAUUUUGUAAAUAUAUGUAUAUAUGCUUAUAACGGAUCGGAUUAGAUCGGAUAUUCAUUCCUACAAAUAUUAGUAUUUGUGAUUUGUUUUGUUUCUUACUGAUAUUGAAUAUUAAUAUUUGUUUUAUUUCGUAGAGUUAUAGAUAUCCAAAUUUUUUGGUUUUAAUCGAAACGGGAAUAAAUCGAAUAAAAUUUUACGGGUAUUUUGUUCAGUCCUAGUUCUUAGGGAUCUCCUUCGCUAAGAACAUGGAAAAGAUCGAGGAACCAGAUUUUGAGUAGUUUAGUCGGAUAAACAUAGUUGUAAGAAACUAGCCAAGGGACUGUACCAUGCUUCCAACAGAUGUGAAUGGAUAAUCCUGGUACCAGUACAUAACCAUGCGAAAGGUCACUUCUGUAGGGACAGAAUUCGUGCGAUGUCGAAGCAAACGUGCUUACUUAGUUACUUUACAUGUGUAAUUCAUACAUUAUCGGAUCGCGUGUGAAGUGAAGCACUUUGCUACCUGCGGAGACGCCUUGUAAAGUUGAAUAUUUGUCGGUCUCUCCGCUAAAAUGAUUAUCAUUAAAUGUGUUAUCUUAUCCACAUGUCGCCAUUUGAUUAGCAAUAGUAUAAUCAUCAUCCUAUCAAUUAAAAUGCUUAGAGCAUGUUUACUUGUCAAAAUUUGCAAAGACGCAUUUCGGAUAAAACAGAAAAAAGUCACAAGCCAAUAAGUCAGUGCUCCUUGUACUUUUUACCAGCUCUUUUUAACUACUACUUUAUUUUACCGAAAGGCCAGCACAAUUGUGAUGUUGAUUUCCACUUCAGUUAUAGCUUUCUUCCGUCACAUAGAUAUGUAUGGAAGAGGCACUUGCAAAUGUAAAUUUUCAAUGUUUUCGUUGUUCUCGUAGUUGACUAUAAAGAUAUUCUAUAGAUGUAGACCAUUACGGAGUGUAAAUUGAGAUUGAAAUUCCAUAGAGAGUUUGGUACAGAAUCCUUAUUUUUAAAAGAACAAUGGUAAAAUACAGAAUGUUGAUUCAGCGUGGAACUUGUCUACAAAUGCAGAAGAAUUUGACCAGUCGAUGGAGAAAAAUGUUAUUUAAGUUAAAUAAACGUUCAUAUGGCUUUUAAUUAAAGAGAAAUUUAAAAAGACGGGUCGACAACACACUUCUAUGGUUAUUAGUUUAGUUUUCUCUGUAAUUUAGUAAUCACCAAACCCAGGCUAUUGCGUGGCCCGCAUGUUGUCUUCUUCUUUUUUUUCUUCCUCUUUCUUUGCUUCUAUUUAUGUUUCUAUCUUUCCCCACCCAAACAAACAAAAACAAUAUACAGAUACUUGUCCUCUUCAUCAUUCCUCUCUCCCUCUUUUUCCUCUGAAGAACUGAACACAGAAACCUUUUGGUGUAUCUUAAUCUCUUAGUAAAUCAAAGAUGCAAAAUGGUCACACAGAAACUGAAGACAAGAACCAAAUGGCCAUAGAUGAUAAACUUCCUCCAAUUUCAUGGGAAAGGAAGUUAAAUAGUCAAGCCAAGACCCCAUCUGAGUUCAAACUGACUAAACGAGAUCAUCUUCAUCUGUUUCCAUUAGGCUACAGAUUGUGGCGACACACCAAAGAAGAAGCCGCAAAAGGAAGAGCAUCGAUCUUCGACAUCUUCAGAAAACACCAUAUAACAGGAGAUCAUGGUGUCCCUUUAGGGGGGAUUGGUGCAGGAAGCAUUGGAAGGAGUUACAAGGGUGAGUUUCAGCAGUUCAAGUUAUUCCCAAAGAUUUGUGAGGAAGCUCCAAUCCUCACAAACCAAUUCUCUGUAUUUGUUUCUCGCCCGGGCGGUGUGAAGCACUCAACUGUUCUAUGUCCAACAAGGCCAGAAGUGAUUAAAGACAAUGGAGGCUAUUUGUGCAGAGGUGAAGCUCCAAAUGUUGGAAUUGAUUCCUGGGAUUGGAACAUGACAGGGGAAAAAUCCACCUACCAUGCUCUUUAUCCUAGGUCCUGGACGGUCUACGAAGGUGAACCUGACCCUGAACUCAGAAUAGUUUCUCGUCAAGUCUCUCCCUUUAUACCUCAUAAUUACAAGGAAACCAGUCUUCCUGUAUCAGUUUUCGACUUCACGGUGACUAAUACUGGAGCAGAACAAGCAAUUGUUACACUGCUCUUUACUUGGGAGAAUUCUGUGGGAGGAACUUCUGGGUUAACUGGACAGCACUUAAACUCAACAAUAAUGGCAAAAGAUGGAGUUCAUGCAGUAGCUUUACACCACAAGACAGCAAAUGGACACCCACCAGUGACCUACGCAAUUGCGGCAAAAGAAACAGAGGAUGUUCGUGUCUCAUCGUGUCCAAGUUUCUUAGUUUCUGGUACUAGCCCUAACAAAAUCACAGCAGGAGAUAUGUGGGAUGAGAUUAAAAAGAACGCAUCGUUCGACAAGUUAACCAGCAACGCAUGCUCUCCAUCGAAACCUGGGACUUCUAUUGGAGCAGCCAUAGCAGCAAAGGUGAAAGUUCCACCAGGAUGUGACCGUACAGUCACAUUUUCACUCUCUUGGGAUUGUCCAGAGGCUAGAUUCGACGAGAAAACUUACCACAGACGAUACACAAGAUUCUAUGGCGGUUUAGGAAAUGCAGCGGUGGCAAUGGCUCAUGACGCUCUUCUCAACUUCUCGGAGUGGGAGGCUCAGAUUGAAGAGUGGCAAGCUCCUAUUCUUGCUGACACAUCACUUCCUGAGUGGUAUCGAACAACUCUCUUCAACGAACUAUAUUAUUUCAACUCAGGAGGAACCAUCUGGACAGAUGGGUUGCCUCCGAAGCAAAGCCUCGAUAGUAUAGGAAGAAGAAAGAUCUCUCUAAGCAUAUCAACCAUAGACAAUCCUGAUUCAGACCAGAACAACAUAGCCUUGGACAUCCUAGGAAGAAUCGAUGCGGUCUGCUCACAGAUUCACGCUCCUCUAUCCUCAAAUGCUGCCCUCGGAACCACUAUGGUUCAGCAUACCGAAGAGAACAUAGGACAGUUCCUUUACCUAGAAGGGAUUCAGUAUCUAAUGUACAACACCUACGACGUUCACUUCUACUCCUCUUUCGCAUUGCUCAUGCUUUUCCCCAAACUCGAGCUGAGCAUCCAGAGAGAUUUUGCGGCAGCCGUUCUGAUGCAUGAUUCCAGCAAGAAACAGGUCAUGAGCUCCGGCGAAUUCGUUACAAGGAAAGUUCUUGGAGCGGUGCCUCACGAUAUUGGCCUGAACGAUCCGUGGUUUGAAGUAAAUGCUUAUAACUUGUUCAACACGGAUAGGUGGAAAGACUUGAAUUCCAAGUUUGUUCUCCAAGUUUACAGAGACGUGGUGGCAACCGGUGACAUAAACUUUGCGAAAUCUGUUUGGCCAUCGGUUUACACCGCCAUCGCUUACUUGGACCAGUUUGAUAAAGACGGAGACGGGAUGAUAGAGAAUGAAGGGUUUCCGGAUCAGACGUAUGAUGCUUGGUCUUGCACUGGUGUUAGUGCUUACUGUGGUGGUCUCUGGGUGGCGGCUCUUCAGGCCGGCUCCGCUUUGGCCCUUUUAGUUGGGGACAAUGGGGCUGCUGUUUACUUCAACGCCAAGUAUGACAAGGCUAGAAGCGUUUACGAGAAGCUCUGGAAUGGUUCUUAUUUCAAUUACGAUAACAGCCGAAGUGGCUCGAGCUCAUCAAUCUUGGCUGAUCAAUUGGCUGGACAAUGGUACGCGAGGGCUUGCGGACUGAAGCCCAUAGCGAAAGAAGAGUGGAUCAAGAAAGCGUUGGAGACGGUCUACGACUUCAACGUGAUGAAAGUGAGAGAAGGGACGCGUGGGGCUGUCAACGGGAUGUUACCGGAUGGACGAGUAGACACAAGCACGAUGGUGUCGAGGGAGGUUUGGGCCGGGACUACAUACUCGGUCGCGGCUUGUAUGAUUCAAGAAGGGCUUGCGGACAAAGGGUUUAGGACAGCAAGUGGAAUCUAUGAGGCAGCUUGGUCUGACCGGGGUCUCGGCGUCUCAUUUCAGACACCAGAAGCUUGGACCACAAACGAUGAGUAUAGAUCACUUUGUUACAUGAGGCCAUUAGCAAUAUGGGGGAUGCAGUGGGCACACACAAUGCCUCAACCUAAUAGAGAACAAGAACAAUCAUUAAGGCCACAAGAAGAAGAGGAAACGUCUGUGCUGUUUCAGCAACACGCCGGGUUCAUCAAAGUGGCUCACUAUCUGAAAACCACCAAGGGAAAAGACCACAGAAGCCGCCUCCAGUCUGCUUACGAAACCUUCCUCAGGGUUGUCCGCCUUUAGACCACUACCUAAUAACGAGCCACCUUUUUUUGUCUCUUUUCCGUGUCGUGCUUUGAAUGUUUUAUGUUACUUUCAGUUACAGACAUAAUCAAGUGUCUUGGAAGUGUAAUGGCAAAUGUGUAAGAUCUAAAUUGCAAUUGUUUAACUGCCUGAGAAGCAGCAUAAUGAAAAUGUUUUUUUA